UCGAACAAGCUGGAGAAAGCGGUGUCCGCUGCCCACACCUUCCUGCAGAAGAACCCCAAGCAUGAGAUGACCUUGAAGUACCUGAACUACUACAGGACGAUGCUGGAUGUGGAUGAAUACCUGGUGGACCUGGAGGCUCAGCCCUACGAGGCGAUAUUCGUGCGGUCGGUGAAGCUGUACAACAACGGGGACUUUCGGAGCAGCGCGGCUGACAUGGAGCAGGCGCGGACCGAGUACUACAAGGCGUAUGAGGACUGCCUGGCCGGCUGCGAGGGCGCCUAUGAGCUGCAGGAGUUCAAGGACUUCUACCCCGCCAUUGCAGACCAUUUUGUGAGCGUGCUGCAGUGCAAGGUGGACUGCGAGACCGAGCUCACCCCCAAUGUGGGUGGCUACUUCGUGGAGAAGUUCGUGGCCACCAUGUACCACUACCUGCAGUUCGCCUACUACAAGCUGAACGACGUGCGGGAUGCGGCGCGCAGCCCCCGGCCGGUAAGGACCCCCCAGGCCCCCUCAUCCCGUGACUCUGCGGGCAGCAGAGGGGCUGACGUGGCUCCUGCUCCCUCCCCACGCCAGGAAGCCGUGCGGUACCACAACCGGACGGCCGCCCAGAAGAAGAUGCUGGACUUUGCCAAGCAGUACUUGCAGGCUGACGAUGAGAUGGAGGUGGAUGGCAGUGAGGGGCCUGGGGCGCGGGACCUGCCCUCCGACGGCGAGUUCGAGGGCGAAGGCGACUAUGAAGAGGGCUUCUUCGCAGAGUGGUGGCAGGAGCCCAGGACCAAGGGGGACAAAGCCGAUGAAGGUUCCUGA